AUGAGAUCUUCUUCUCGACCGUUUGAUGAACGCAAGCGUCGAAGAGGUUACAAUGAGGAUGUCGAAGAUGGUGAAAUCAUUGACGGACGAACAAACGCCGAUUCAAGCUCUAAAAAGCACUGCCAUGAUGUGAGUGGUCGUUUGAUCAAUGAAUCGAGAACACGUCAUUCAAGGACCGAUGACAGCCGCAGUAGGCAUCGCAGACAUUCGGGGUCCGUUGAGAGGGUUUCAAGCCGCCGUCAUUAUAAGGAAUCCAGCGGGCACCACCGUAGAAGUGAUCGGUACGAUGGUGUUCCUUCGCGCUCCUCUCGUGAUUAUCAUCUUGAAUCAAGUCCACAUAAACGCGAUGCAGAUUAUCGUCGUCGCGCUGAGGGAAAUAAACGUCCCCACCGUAGAAAUGAGUCGGUUUCUCGAAAUGAACGAAAGAAGGAAUCGGAAGGGUCGAAAGAGAGAAGAGACCCAUUAAUAGAAACAUGCAGGAAUGGCGUACGUGAUGUAAGUCCUGCCAGUGAGGUGCAGGAGGAGUUUUCAAAGAAGCGGCCACGCAUUUCAACACACGAAGAACUUGAAAUUGGUGAUCAGCACGAAGAAGAUCCCGAAGAGUUUCUUGAAGCUGCUCGACGACGACGUGAAGCUGUUCUAGCAAAAUAUCGGCAAAAGGAAACCAUUUCAAAUUCAUCUGUUAAUCCAGUUGAAUCCUCCAGUCUUAGUGCUUCGUCACCCAAUCCCCAAUCGUCAACAGUAUCUUGUGUGAGAAGUGAAGGAAGUUUUCAGACUUCGGCGGCACGGUUAGACAACGAGGUAUUGGCGGCUGAAGAGGAAGCAUUGUUUUUAGCUGCAGCUGCUGAUGUUCCUGAUGAUGAGGAGGAUGAUGACAGUGUGUCUAAGGAACGAGCGUCGGAAGCGAACAGUCCCAGAAUCGAUAAAAUUAGCCCUCAAUCAUCGACUGUGGAUGUCGCAUCUCUAGAAGUUCCCAAGACAAUCAGUUUGGUAUGUCGAUCUGUUUUGUAUCAUUGCAAUGUUUUUGUUCAGGCGUUGAAAGACGGCUUAGUAGAAUUGAAGCAGAGGGUCCAAGAGGAUAAAAGACGUCUCCGUCAGUUUAUUAUCAUGCAGAGAGAGGAACAGGAUCGUAAACGCCAUGAGGCAGAGGAUGAAGAAGAAGAAGAAGAGGAUGAUGAUGUUGAUAUGUUUUCGAUAACAGAUCAGAGACAAAAUGUUAAGAAAAAAGCCAGACGACGACCCAAAAAUGAAUCAGCAAAAUUGAUUGAUACGAGUGUGAACUUAGCAGAGAACUGGGAUGACGCUGAAGGCUAUUACAUGGCGUCUAUUGGGGAAGAACUCGACAGUGGCAGGUAUCGCGUAUUAGCUGAUUUGAGUGGCAAAGGAGUCUUUUCAACUGUUGUGAAGUGCUACGAUAGCGAAACGCAUGGAACUGUUGCAAUUAAAAUUAUUCGAAACAAUGAAAUGAUGAAGCGUGCUGCGGAGAAAGAAGCUGAUAUUCUGGAGCGAUUGAAUCGAUCCGAUAAGGAGGAUCGUCGCCAUGUGGUUCGCCUUCAAAGAACAUUUGAAUUUAGGGGCCACAUCUGUUUAGUGUUUGAAUGGCUAUGGGGAAAUUUACGUGUUGCAUUGAAGAAGUAUGGUGGAACUGGGAGAGGGUUAAAUCCUCAGGCUGUUUACUCUUAUUCCAAGCAACUCUUCAUUGGAUUGCGACAUUUGAAGAAGAAUGGCGUUCUUCACGCUGACCUGAAACCAGACAAUAUUCUGAUCAAUGAAAAAUUUGCUGUAUUAAAAAUUUGUGAUCUAGGAAGUGCAUUCGAUGUUUCUGAAAACGAGGUGACGUCCUAUCUCGUCUCUAGAUUUUAUCGUGCACCUGAAAUCAUUCUUGGCUGUCGGUAUGAUCCAGCUAUCGACGUAUGGAGUGCAGCGUGCACAAUUUAUGAAAUUGCCACUGGGGAUGUCUUGUUUCCCGGUCGGUCAAAUAAUGACAUGCUAAAGCUAUUCAUGGAUGCAAAAGGAAGACUUCCUAGCAAACUCGUUCGUGCAGGACAACUUUCUGAGAAACAUUUCGAUAGCAAUCAAGACUUUCUUUGGAUUGAUCAGGAUUCCUACACCAAACAGGAUAUUGUUCGUCGUCUUGCUGAUUAUCGUCAAACAAAAAACGUUACAGAUCUUUUAUUGGCAAAACAUCCUCAAUGCUCAGGAUCUUCACAAAAGUCUCAAACUCUCAGAAAUAAAGUUCGUCAACUUGGCGAUUUUCUCGACAAGUGCUUGGUGCUGGACCCCGCUAAACGUCUCACUCCCGACGAAGCCCUGCGGCACCCCUAUCUUGCACAGCCACUGGCCCUCGAGACACAUAAGUAA